AUGUGUGGAAUCUUUGCCUGCUAUCGUCAUCCGGACGUCCAGAAAUUCAAGCCCACGGCGCUUAAGCUGUCGAAACAAAUUCGACACCGUGGCCCUGACUGGAGCGGAAGCAUCAUCAGCAACAACACGAGUAGGUCCAUCGGCCGCCGAAAGACGUCGAGCCGCCUUCCGUCGCUAACCUCGGCGGCAGUUCUUUGCCAUGAGCGGCUCAGCAUCGUUGGUGUCGACUCGGGCGCCCAGCCCCUGACCAACGCCGACGAGUCGCUCGUGCUCGCCGUCAACGGUGAAAUCUACAACCACCGUCACAUCCGAAAGCACCUCAAGGAAAAGUACCACUUCAAGACGCACUCGGAUUGCGAGGUCAUCAUCCCGCUGGCUGAGGAGGAGGGCCGAGGCGGACGAGGUGGAGAGUCGCUCGCUCACGUUGCCGACGAAUCGCAGUACACGGAAUUCGACGUCGACGCGCCGAGCCACCUCGACGGCAUGUUCUCCUUUGUCCUGUACGACAAGACGCAGGACCGCGUCAUCGCCGCCCGCGACCCCAUUGGCGUCACCACCUUUUACCAGGGCUGGUCGUGGAAGGAGCCGGGCACCAUCUACUUUGCCUCGGAGCUCAAGUGCCUGCACUCGGUCUGCGACAAGAUCGUGGCCUUUCCCCCGGGCCACGUCUACGACUCCAAGACGGGACAGACGACGCGCUACUUCAAGCCGAGCUGGUGGGACCCGACGCAGGUGCCCUCGACGCCGCUCAACCUCCAGUCGAUCCGUCAGGCGCUCGAGAAGUCGGUGCGGAAGCGGCUCAUGGCCGAGGUGCCCUACGGCGUCCUGCUGUCGGGCGGUCUCGACUCGAGCCUCGUCGCCGCCAUCGCCCAGCGCGAGACGCUUCGCCUGAAGCAGCAGGCGCUCGAGGCCAACCGGAGCGCCGCCCGGGCCGCCGACGAGGAUCGCGGCGAGGGCCUCGUCGGCAUCGACGACGACAACAACCUCGAGACGGUGACGUACCUGCCCCAGCUCAACUCCUUCUCCAUCGGCCUGCCCGGGUCGCCCGACAACGUGGCGGCCCUGGAGGUGGCCAAGUUCCUCGGCACCAAGCACCACGUCAUGACCUUUACCAUCGAGGACGGCCUCAACGCGCUGUCGGACGUCAUCUACCACCUCGAGACGUACGACGUGACGACGAUCCGCGCCUCGACGCCCAUGUACCUCCUCUCGCGCAAGAUCAAGGCCAUGGGCGUCAAGAUGGUGCUGAGCGGCGAGGGCAGCGACGAGAUCUUUGGCGGCUACCUCUACUUCCACGCCGCGCCCGACAAGAAUUCGUUUCACGAGGAGACGGUGCGACGGGUGAAGAACCUGCAUCUCGCCGACUGCCUGCGCGCCAACAAGUCGACGUCGGCCUGGGGUCUCGAGGCCCGCGUUCCCUUUCUCGACAAGGAGGUGAGUGGUCUCUUUCCUUUCCCCCGACUCCUUGUCCCCCGACUCCUUGUCCCCCGACUCCUUGUCCCCCGACUCCUCCUUAUCCCUCGACUCCUUGUCCCCCGACUCCUUGUCCCCCGACUCCUCCUUAUCCCUCGACUCCUUGUCCCCCGACUCCUCCUCCCCGACUCCUCCCCCCCGACUCCUCGCCUUUGUCUCGUCACCGUCACGUCGCUGACCGCGUCGACGCACCAGUUCCUCGAGACGUGCAUGGCCAUCGACCCGCAGGAGAAAAUGAUUACAAAGGAGAGGAUGGAAAAGUACAUCCUUCGCAAGGCCUUUGACACCACCGACGAGCCGGACAACAAGCCGUACCUGCCCGAGUCGAUCCUGUGGAGGCAAAAGGAGCAGUUCUCCGACGGCGUCGGCUACGGAUGGAUCGACGCCCUCAAGGACCACGCCGACCUGCACGUGACGGACGAGAUGAUGGCCAACCCGAAGCCGGAGUGGGGGACCGACGUGCCCGACACCAAGGAGGCCUACUGGUACCGCCUGAUGUUUGACGAGCACUUCCCUCCGUCGUGCGCCUCCACCGUCAUGCGUUGGGCGCCGACGUGGUCCCGACAGACGGACCCGAGCGGCCGGUUUGUCCCCCCCGCAGCGGAUGCCUUUGACGGCACCGAGGCUGACGCGUUGAUCGAUGCAGGGCCAUUUCCACCCACGUCGCCAAGUACGACGCCGCCGCCUGAGCCGAGGCGAACGAGGACGAGCGUAGGCGUGCCUGCCUCCGUUCCAGCCCCUGAUCUUUUUGCGUUGCACGAUCAAACCAUCCACACUGCCGAUCUUGUUUCUUUCGUUGACGGCGUCCUUUGCGUACCACGAUGUUGGCGGCGGAUAUAUAGAAUGGACAUGUUCGAAACGUGCCGUGUCCACAGCCACGCACCCGAGCACGAUGCAUUCGACGAGAGACUCUGGAACGGCAGCGUGCGCCUUUGCCAGUCCCGUCCUGACGCGGCCGUGCCGAUCGGCUCGUUGCUUCUUCCCGCAUGGGAGACACGGCGGCAGCGUGAACCGUCCCGACGACCAACGCACAUGGCAGGGAGAAAAUCGGUGGCCGGCUCGCUGCGUGGGACAUGGUUUGAUGGCCCACGGAAGGGGGUCAUGAGAGCACAGGCACCGUCACCAGGGCUCCUUCGCACGCCACCACCUCGCGAGGACGAUGAUGGCUUCGUCCGUGUGCCGACGAGCCAACAUCCGCGGCUUCGAGCCUCGUGCUAUGGAUUCGCGUAUCAGCCGACACGUAGCAGCGACGGAGGUACCGGUACCUUCUACGCGGUGCCGCCACGCGACGGCACAGCACCGCCGCGCGGUACCGGUACCACGGCUGGUGGAUGCCCCCCCAACACAACGAGAGGCCGUCAGCCAAUCGAUGACCCGUGCCAAAACAUUUCCCUCCUCGCUUCCCUCGAACCCCCAAAGCUUCGUGGGCUAAAACUCUCACUCCUGCACAUCACCGAUCGAUCCCUCGCCGCAGAAGCUCGCACGUUCGUCUCCAAGUCAUCCAAGAUGUCUAUCCCCGCCUUCGCCGACAUUGCCAAGCCGGCCAACGAUGUAGGUCCUGUCCUUCCCUCACCACCGUCGGACCGGAGAGGACAGACUUUGGUCAAGCAAAGGGGCACGGCUGGUGUGCCGUCAAGCUCGACCGCCUGCUCUGCCGUGAUGCCUACUCCCUCCUCUCCUCUCCCCUCCUCUCCUCUCCCUCCUCACUUUCUCCUCCCUUCUCCUGACCGCCUCUCGCUCCCUCACGCCCCGUGUGAUGGCCUCCUCAACAAGGACUUCUACCACCUCUCGGCCACGACCUUUGAGUUCAAGGACACGGCUCCCAAUGGCGUUGCCUUCAAGGUGACGGGCAAGUCGAGCCACGAAAAGGCCACCUCCGCCGCCAUUGAGGGAAAAUACACCGACAAGCCCACCGGUACAGCCCCCACUCGACCCCCCCGGCCUCGUCGCCCGCCCAGCGGUGGUCGACGGCCGGCGGCCAGCAAGCCGUCCGAGCUCUCCCUUUGCGUGUCGCGGAUCCACGGUCGACGUGCCGGUUGGCCGCUCGACUUUGCCGCCUUGAUUGACCCCGGCCACGCGCACUUGCUAAUGUGGUACCGUCGCACAGGUCUGACCCUCACCCAAACGUGGAACACGGCCAACGCCCUGGACACGAAGCUCGAGGUCAACGACUCGCUCGCCAAGGGCCUCAAGCUCGAGGGUCUCUUCAACUUCCUGCCGGCCACGGCGGCCAAGGGCGCCAAGUUCAACAUGAUGUUCAAGCAGCCCGGCUUCCACGGCCGUGCCUUCUUCGACCUGCUCAAGGGCCCCACGGCCCACGUCGACGCCGUCGUCGGCCACGAGGGUUUCCUCGCCGGCGCUAGCGCCGGUUACGACGUCAACAAGGCCGCCGUCACGGCCUACAGCGCCGCCGUCGGCUACACGGCCCCGCAGUACAGCGCCGCCGUCACGGCGACGGACAACCUGAGCGUCUUCGCCGCCUCGUACUACCACAAGGUCAACAGCCAGGUCGAGGCCGGCGCCAAGGCGACGUGGAACUCCAAGACGGGCAACACGGUCGGCCUCGAGGUCGCCAGCAAGUACCGCAUCGACCCCGUCUCCUUUGCCAAGGUCAAGAUCAACGACCGCGGCAUCGCCGCCCUUGCCUACAACGUUCUCCUCCGCGAGGGCGUCACCCUCGGCCUCGGCGGCUCCUUUGAUACCCAGAAGCUCGACCAGGCCACCCACAAGCUCGGCGCCAGCUUCACCUUUGAGGGUUAA